UAUCUGAGUUGUCAAGAGGUUCGAAAGAUAAGUCAAACUUGUCGCCAUCUUUCGCUAUCAGACAAAGAAACUAAGUGCGGUGUCUGGAAAAUUAGGAAAGAAAUCACUAACCUUGGCCUUGAAGUAAUUGAUCGAUGAUUAGUUUCUUCAGGCAAUUGCUAAGAUCAUGUUCCUCAAGGAUUUGUUCUUCCUUCUCCUCUUCUUCCACCUCAACCUCGCAGCCUUCGCCGCCGGCGCAUCUGAUGAUCAGUUUACCUUCAACGGAUUCGUCGGCGCGAACUUGACUCUCGCCGGCGUCGCGUCGGUAACGCCCGGCGGCCUCCUGGUGCUCACCAACGCAACAAAGGAUAUCAUGGGCCACGCGUUCCGCCCUUCCAAGCUCGACUUCAGAAACCAUUCUAAUGGUAUCUCGGUCCUCUCCUUCUCCACCACUUUUGCUUUCGGCAUCGUCUCCGAGGACCCCAAUCUCAGCGGCCAUGGGAUCGCCUUCGUCGUCUCUCCCACGGAGGAUUUCUCCCUAGCUACAGGAGGCCAGUACCUGGGCAUCCUAAACUUGAGCCACAAUGGCAAUUCCACCAAUCGCGUCUUCGCGAUCGAGCUCGACACCAUCCUCAACCCUGAAUUCAGCGACAUCAACGACAACCACGUCGGAAUCGACAUCAACAGCUUGAUGUCCAAUUCGUCGUCGCCUGCCGGUUACUACGCCGACGGCAGCGGACUGCACACCAAUUUAACGCUCAUCAGCGGCCAAAGUCUGCAAGUUUGGGUUGACUAUGACGGCGGAGAGAUGCAGCUGAAUGUCACCUUAGCUCCGAUCCCCAUGGCCAAACCACAGAAACCUCUCUUGACGGAGCACAUUAAUCUCUCUUCGAUUUUCUCAGACUCCAUGUUCGUCGGCUUCUCAUCGUCCACCGGCCCUUUCCUAACCCACCACUGCAUUCGCGGUUGGAGUUUCAGCACGAACGGCGCAGCUCCAGCUCUGGACUACUCCCUGCUUCCUCCACUCCCUCGUUUACCGUCGACCGGCAGAUCAAGAGUCUUGGAGAUCGUGCUGCCUCUGGCUUCGGCCGCAGUGGUCCUGAUCUUCCUUUGCAUCGUUGUGCUCGCCGUGAGACGGAGGAUGAAGUAUGCAGAGGACCUCGAAGACUGGGAGCUCGAGUACAGUCCUCGCAGGUUCUCGUACAAAGAUCUGUACGACGCCACCAAUGGCUUCAGGGACAGGGAGCUGCUCGGCGUCGGCGGAUUCGGGAGGGUCUACAAGGGGCUGCUGCCGAGCUCCAAAUCGGAGGUCGCCGUGAAAAAAGUGUCGUACGAGUCGAAACAGGGCAUAAGGGAAUUCAUAGCAGAGAUUGUGAGCUUAGGCCGUCUCCGUCACCGGAAUAUCGUGCAGCUGCUCGGCUACUGCCGUCGCCGGGGAGAACUCAUGCUGGUCUACGAUUACAUGCCCAAUGGAAGUCUGGACAAGCUCCUGCACGGCCAAGCCAAGCCUGGUUUGGACUGGGCGACUCGGUUUCGGAUCAUCAGAGGCGUGGCGGCGGGCCUCCUCUAUCUGCACGAGGACUGGGAGCAAGUCGUCGUCCACAGAGACAUCAAGGCCAGCAACGUGCUACUCGACGACGAGAUGAACGGGAGGUUGGGCGACUUCGGCCUCGCGAGACUCUACGAUCACGGAACCGAUCUGCAAACCACCAGCAUCGUCGGAACGAUGGGGUACCUCGCGCCUGAGCUUGCUCGGACCGGCAGGGCUUCCGCCAGGACCGACGUGUUUGCGUUUGGGAUCUUCGCGCUGGAAGUUUCGUGCGGGAGGAGACCGGUGGACUCGGGCGGCACCGGCGACGGCGACCAGGAGCUGGUGCUGGCGGAUUGGGUGCUGGAGCACUGGCGGAAGGGAUCGAUAGCUGCGGCGAGGGAUCCGAGGCUCGAGGAGGAGUUCGCAGAGGAGGAGGUGGAGCUGGUGCUGAAGCUCGGGCUGCUGUGCGCGCACCCGCUGCCCACGCGCAGGCCGAGCAUGCGCCAGGCAGUGCGGUACUUGGAGGGCGGCGCGGCGGCGCUCCCUGAGCUGCUGCUGCCGGCGGACAUGGACGAGAGUUUCAGCGCUGGUCUUGCUCUGCUCCACAGCGACGGCUUUGAUGACUACGUCAUGUCGUAUCCGACCAUGUCGUCUCUGGCCACUGCCUCUACUGUUUCUGUAUCAGUGCCAUAGAUGAUUCAAGCUCACUCCGUCAAUGGCGUCAAACCACCAAAAAUUGAUUAAAUAGUUUGAAUUAAAACAAAUAAACAUAUAUGAGAUGCCUUUUUUUCUUCAUAUUUUGAAAGGACGGUAUUUCAUUGGUUUACUUUUA